AAUCUUAACGCUGAUAUGACUUUAACCAACCCAGAAAUCUACAGACUGCAGAAGACCUCCAGUUUAGAGUCAUACGCGGAGAUCUCGCGAGAGCGCUGUGGUCGCUCAGCAGCAUUCGCUUUUGCAGCAGGGCUGAGGGAGACGGAUAAAGAAGGAAAGCGGGGAGGCUGCAUCAUGGCGGAUAGAGACAGUGGAAGUGAGCAUGGUGGAUUCGCCACAGGCCCCGGUGCCGGCCCGAUGCACCCGGGUGCGGUGGGCGCAGCAUCGCGGCUCCAGCACGACACAGAGGAGCUCGCCUCGAAGCGAGUUGACAUUCAGAACAAACGCUUCUAUCUCGACGUUAAACAGAACGUCAAGGGCCGUUUUCUGAAGAUAGCAGAGGUCGGGGCCGGGGGAAACAAGAGCCGCCUGACUCUCUCCAUGUCGGUAGCCGUAGAGUUCCGCGACUAUUUGGGAGACUUCAUCGAACAUUACGCCCAGCUGGGCCCCAGCAACCCCGAUAUGGUGCAAGACGAGCCAAGGAGGGCGCUUAAGAGCGAGUUUCUGGUGCGAGAGAACAGAAAGUACUACAUGGAUCUGAAGGAGAACCAGAGGGGAAGGUUUUUGAGGAUCCGACAGACCGUGAAUCGGGGGCCCGGACUGGGGACAUCGCAAGGCCAGACUAUCGCUCUUCCAGCCCAGGGACUAAUCGAGUUCCGUGACGCUUUGGCUAAACUCAUCGACGACUUCGGCGUAGACGAGGACCCCGCAGAGCUACCAGAGGGCACCUCGUUAACUGUGGAUAACAAACGCUUCUUCUUUGACGUGGGCUCCAACAAGUACGGAGUUUUCAUGCGGGUCAGCGAGGUGAAGCCCACCUACCGCAACUCCAUCACGGUGCCCAGCAAAGUCUGGUCCAAAUUCGGAUCAACGUUCUGCAAAUACGCGGACGAGAUGAAAAAGAUCCAGGAGAGGAGCAGAGAGAGGAGAGCGCGCGAGAUGCAACCCGAGGGCCUGCACGGGGACGACGUGGACGAGGAUUAAUGGAUAUAUAAAUAUAUAUAUAUACAUACAUACACAAACACGAUGUAUAUCCGCGGAGAAUAGGACAUUAUAUAAAAAGAGAUAUAACGAAUGACAUGAUAAUCAAACGUUACUGUAAUGCGAGACGUGAGAUAGAUUUUCAAGGGAUCGCUCAACACACAACCCUCACAGACUUUAACAGUUGCAUCUCUUCACCCAUCGCCGGAUGUCACCCACUUACUCACCAUUUAACAGUAAGACGCUGCUAUAGAUAACAUGAUGUAUAUGAACCGUGUCCAGGAUGGUGCGAGUGUCAUAUAGGCGGAAGUGUGUGUAUUUCCCUCUUUACCCAUGUGUUUGACACAUCCAAGCUAUUAUAACAAUAUUUCCAAAGGUGCAAAAAGGUGAAAAAAUAUGAGAAAAAAUUUAUAAUUAGUGCUAUUUUGACUUCCAGCACAAAAGCUAUUGUAUAGGAACAUUAAAAAUUGCAUUAAAAAUGCAAACGAACAUUACAAGUAAUGGUACGGCAAGUGCUGACGACAUAAUAUAACUUGCACUACGUCAGAAUAUUUGAUCUGUAAAAAAACGGAUUUCACCCCUUCUUCUUGUUCGACUUAAAUGCAUAUGAGGAAAUUUAGAUGUGAUGUUAACUCGUUUGCCUGUUAACUAUAUACAUAAAGCAAAUGAGUUCAUUUGUUUGCACGCGUCAUGCAAUGUGUGCUUCGGUAGCCGCGCAGUGAACCCGGGGCGCAUUGCUGAAAUGACCGGUUGACGUUUGUUCCUGUUAAGUACAAAACCUGUUGCACCAUGCCCACUGACAUUUGGGCAGACAGUUUCAUUGAAGUGCUAACAUAGAUAUACAACUAUGAUUUUGUGAAUCAGAUGUACUUAGAUCCUUAUAAAAUUACCCACGUUUUCUGUGGGAAUUUUUCUUUCUUUUAUUUUUUUGGGAAUAGGUGGGAGGGGGGUGCUUGUUUUGGGGUGGGGGGACUCAGAAAGAAGCUGUCCACUAGUGUGCGUAUGUUGCGUUAAAACCGGCGCGGGUGCAUGUGAACUUGCGCGGAGCAUCCUCUACAACGUCAAAAACAACUCUGGUGCCUUAUAAUCUCUCCACACGUUUACAUGCUUUACGUGUACAAUAUUUUUCCGAUCGCUGUUUGUCUUUGUCGGUCGGGGUCACAACUGCGUUGUUGCUGUACCACUCGUGGAGCUUCUUAAAUGACUUCUUCAAGCCAAUCAAAGAAAGAGGCACGCGGGGACACUCCGUCCCACACGUCAUCGAAAAGAUGACGAUUGCGUUUUCAUCAAACAGCGCUGACGUAAACAUGGAUGUACGCUAAUGUUAAAGUCGUGUCAAAUUACUAUAAUUACGAGAUGUCGUACACCCAAAUUUUUACCUUUAUAAUGCAAUGCCAAAAUUGAUCCACCUGUUGGCUUAAUUGAUGACAAUUAAUAUGUAAACUUUGCUUUAUGGUAAUUUCGAAACGAAGUUAACGCGGCACAGUCACCUAAAGGCGUUGGGGGUCUGCUCGUGCUCCGUGAAAAAAAAUAAUAGAUAAAAAAAUUAUAUGGCUGCGUGUAUGUUUCUUGUCACAGCCCAGCGUUAUGCUAAUAUAGGCCAAUAUAGUAGUACACUUAUGGCCGAGGCAGUAGCUGUGUGGUUUUUGUAUGGUGCUAUCCCCAGUCGUGGGAUUUUUUUUCUGCCGGUCUUACUUAUCAGUUGCUAACUUGUUUUGAACCUCCUCACAUCGCACCCUGAGAUUACACUUUACUCACUAAAUUUCCAGUGCUUACAUUUAAGUAUCGCGUGCAAUAUACUGUAGGGCCGCGUGCCAAUUUCCGCAUUCCUUCGCGUGUGUGAAGAGGAUCCUCUCCUGUAACGACAAAAAUCAACCUAUGAAGCGGACCUUUAAUAUUUUUAGUAACUAAACUUGCGCACGAGGUUCAAAACAAGACGACUAACCUUUCUUGGAAUUGUCGAACUGCCUAAGUCAAAAUAAGGGUUCAUUCUUCUAACCGGUCACCAAAAAUUGCAAGAGUCUGACAGCUCUCGUGGAUAUGGCGGUUGCUCUGCUCUCUGCCAAUCAGGUGCGCCCCUUUGUUGUGACGUAAAGGCGUAGCGACGACUUGACGUAGUCCAUUUUAAACUUAAUCGUAGUUAAUACUCAGUUGCUAAUGUCUGUUUUUUAGCCGAUGUUUAAUGCACAAUGCGUCGGUCAGAAACAUUCAUAUUUAUUUGCUAAAAGUAUGUGAAAAUGUUAGGAAUAAGAUAGAAAUGUAAUCUCCUCAAACCCUCCUGACGUCAGCUAGCUCAAUAGUGUUGCUAAAGCCUAGCAGUUACUAAAACCCAGACAUCACAAAAUUCUCCAGUUUCAGCUUGGAUACGUGAAGGAAAACAUAAGGCCAGUGUCCCAUAGUAAAACCACCAGCCUAUGGACAAUUGGGGGUGUUUGCCACUGACCCUGAAGGCCUGUUUCAUGCUAAGGACCUGAGUGGAUAAGAUAGGCUGUCAUUACUUCAAAGUAUUUGGUCUCUUGUUUACCACUGCACAAUAUUAAAAGCAUACAUAGGCACCUUGUCAAGCUUGAUAAAACCUUCCAUUAUACUGUACGUCCUGCAUUAGGUGUUGGUUAGGCCACAUCUCUUUAUGAAUGAAUUUGAAACUGUGUGCUUUUGUAGAGGCUAUUUGAAGUAUAUUUGCACAUUUGUCAUUUAUUUUAAGACCGGUAACGCAAAUCUUUUCUUAUCACUGCCCUGAUCCGAUUGCAAAACUGCUCAAUGUGUGCCACACUAUGUGAAGACUAAUCAUGUGAUCAUAUAAAAUGUUAAGCGUGAGCUGAAAUCUAAACUGGAAAUAAUGUUUAGGCCUGCCUUCUUUUUCUGAUGAAAAGGGUGUUUUCUAUCUAGAGCAUUUCGAAUCUGAAACGUGCCCACUAACAUUAACACGGAAAGUAUUGUCGUGCUCUUCCUCAUUCAGAUACGCACACAUCUUUUCAAGUUAUAUUUUAAAAGUCAAUUCUAAAGGUGCUAUUGGGUACUAAAUGACAGGCUCAAUUUCUGUCGAGGUGGCAGUGUUCAGCCAAGACUUUCACAAAACGUUGGUCUUAUUGUGUUUGAGCUCUCCACCAGCAAAGUUAUGCCUUUGCUUUCAGACACACUGCACAGCAGGCUGUCAGGGCAAAAUAAGAUGGCGGAUGCCUUUUUGACUGUGGGCUGGACUGUGAGACCAUUUCAGUCUUCAAUUCGAGGUGCUGAUUCCAAUGUCACCUGUCCUUAUUGAGUAAACAGUCUAUUUCUGAACAAAUGGACCUGUAAUUCGUAUAUCUACGUUUUCCAUUUUUAGCAGAAAUAGCCCAUGUUUUACAUAAACAAACUUGAUCUGAUCUCUUACUAAUACUGUGCAUUUGCCUAAUAAAUCUCCCCUUUGUCGAUUAACCUCGGUCAGUGACAACGUUAGUUCUCAUACUUCACGGUUCUUCGGUCUCACAAGCUCAAGGCUUUGACUAGCUUAGCGUGUUACUGUGAGCAUAAGCUAGAAUUUUGCGUAUUAAACGGGAGGGAGUUCAGCAUUAAGAGUCAAUGCACAAGGAGGGUAUUUACAUAUCCCACCAUCUCCUUUUUAUUCCCUAUCAAAUGUGUUGUACUUAAAAAUAUAUAUGACCUGUGAUGUGUGUGUAUAUAUGGUUUGUUACAUAUGAUGCUCCUCUUUAUUAAAAAAGAUAGCAUAUAUAUAUAUAAAUAUAUAAAUAUGUUUAUGUUUCCUAUAUAUAUUCCUCUAUAUAUAUAUUAUAUAUAUAUUGGAAAUAUAUAUGUUGGAAAAGCAUAUUGCUGUUUUUCUUUGUAUUUUAUACUUACAGAAAGCAUUGAAUCAAAUGGAUAAAAUACUUGCACUUUAAAUAUAUAAAGAAAGUAAAAAAUCAGCAUAUUAUUUUUGAUAGGUGACCUCACAUUUAAAGAUUAUAUAAUUACUUUCCAGGCUUUGUGACAAUUGCUGUUUGGCAGAAAUCUAUGAAGUUCUUCUACAUAAUGAAGUCUAUUUUGUCUGUGUUACAGAAGGUUUACUAAAGUAAAUUGCAUGAUGAGUAAGUAGUGCACCAACUGUUAUUUUCUUUAGUUGGUUAAAAUGUCUAAUGAAAAAAAUACUGUGAUGAUUAUUCUCAUGUGUGUACCCAUGUUAAACUUACGUCAUACAUUCUAAGGUAUUCUGUUCUGCCUUCCCUACAUCAUGAAUAUGGUGCUUAAAUUGGCUUAGAAACCUGUCGUGUUCUACUCUUCAUCACGACCACAACCGUUCUCCUCUGCAUCCUAUGUUUGCUCCCUUGCUGUUUGCGUGUUUUGACGACUUUAUUCAAAAAUUUACCUUCAUGGUAACAAGUGUGUUUUUGUACAGGUACGUAUGUUGUUUUUGAGUUGGAAAGCCUUUGUGUCUGAAAAUGACUAAUUGCAAUAAAAUCAUCCAUUCCUCCCUGGCA